AUGGCCCAAAAAGUCGCCAAGCAACCCAACAUGAAGAAUCUUACGGCUCUUGCCACCAAACGCCAGAAGCUGACACAGCAAAUUAUAAAAUUCAAUGAAGACACUCUGAAGUACAUGGGAGAGGACGCGUUCGAAUCCCUUACUGGAGCCCUUGAGUGGAUAGAAGAUUUCACAGGUUUGGAUGAAUCCGACAACGAAGUUGAGGGACUGGGCAUCAGUUCGGGCCAUGGGGAGUAUCACCCAGAGGAUACCUGUUUGCCAUUCCCAUCGCGGGUUGAAGAUACUGUCAGGCUGCAACUCAGUAUCACUCGACUUGCGGAAAAGGAAUUGGAUCUAUGCAAAGCUUUUGCUAAUGAUUGCUCACAGAAUAUUUGGGUGGCUGUCGGCAACAAAUCCUUCCAUUACAAAAAUCAUCUGCAGACCCAGGCUCAAGUUGCAAUUCAAAGUGUCGAACGCAACCUGAAGCACCACUGCCGCUUGUAUUCUCAAAACCUCCACAAUAUGGAAUUGCUAGGCCUGGCCCGAAGUCAGGACUCAGUGUAUCGAAGACUCACGAAUGAAGACUUGAAGGCUAGUCCUUCCCUUGUGUUACCAAAUAUUCCUGGCCAGCCAUGUCAGCUAUAA